UUUUUUUGCAAUAAGAUAAACAACAGAACCACAUUAGAACCACGCCUGUCACAUUUACGCGUGCAUGCGCAGUUGGAGCGUGGUGGGUGGAGAGGAUUUUUUUGUUUAUUUUCGUGGUUGCUAAGCUCGGGCAGCAUUUGAUCAACAGUACUUUCACUUUGACACUUCUACUGAUAAAAGGCAUAGAGGAUACCACUUGAAAGUCUCCCCAAGGUUGAAACCUAAGGAGCAAGAUGUCAAUCACAAACACUCCCACAAGCAAUGAUGCCUGCCUAAGCAUUGUGCAUAGCCUGAUGUGCCACCGACAGGGAGGGGAGAGUGAAAGCUUUGCUAAGCGAGCUAUUGAGAGUCUUGUCAAGAAGCUGAAGGAGAAGAAAGAUGAGCUGGAUUCCCUUAUCACAGCCAUCACUACGAAUGGAGCUCAUCCUAGCAAGUGUGUAACCAUACAGAGAACUUUGGAUGGACGCCUACAGGUUGCAGGGCGAAAAGGUUUUCCUCAUGUUGUCUAUGCCCGACUAUGGCGAUGGCCUGAUCUACACAAGAAUGAAUUGAAACACGUGAAAUAUUGCCAGUAUGCCUUUGACUUGAAAUGUGACAAUGUUUGUGUCAACCCAUACCACUACGAGAGGGUCGUCUCUCCGAGCAUUGACUUAUCAGGGCUGACCCUUUCAAAUUCAGGUUCACUCUUGGUAAAGGAUGAGUAUGACUAUGACAACCAGCAAUCUCACUCAAGCUCUGAAAGCCACCUGCAGACUAUCCAGCAUCCCCCGGCAAGACCCGGUCCACAGGAGAUCUUCAUCAGCCCCUCUCUACUCCCCCCAUCAGAGGGCAGCGGUUCAGCUUCAACCUCUGCUUUCUCUACCAUCAGUGUUGGACCAUCAAACCCUACCUCCAAUUGGAGCAGAAAUGGCAGCUUCACCGCUGCAGUGCCUCAACAUCAGAACGGGCAUCUACAGCAUCAUCCACCCAUGCCUCACACAGGGCAUUACUGGCCUGUUCCCAAUGAAAUUGCGUUCCAGCCCCCCAUAUCCAAUCACCCUUCUCCAGAGUACUGGUGCUCCAUUGCUUACUUUGAGAUGGAUGUCCAAGUUGGGGAGACGUUUAAGGUGCAAUCCACAUGUCCGAUAGUGACUGUGGAUGGCUACGUUGAUCCAUCAGGAGGGGACCGCUUUUGCUUGGGCCAGCUGAGCAAUGUCCACAGGACAGAGAACAUAGAGAGAGCCAGGCUACACAUUGGCAAAGGCAUGCAGCUGGAGUGCAAAGGUGAAGGAGACGUCUGGGUGCGCUGUUUGAGUGAUCAUGCAGUGUUUGUGCAGAGCUAUUACCUGGAUCGAGAGGCUGGACGUGCCCCUGGAGAUGCAGUUCACAAGAUCUACCCAAGUGCUUACAUCAAGGUGUUCGACUUGCGUCAGUGCCACAGGCAGAUGCAGCAGCAGGCAGCGACAGCUCAGGCCGCAGCUGCAGCCCAGGCAGCAGCAGUGUCCGGGAACAUUCCUGGACCUGGCUCUGUGGGAGGCAUCGCCCCUGCCAUCAGUCUUUCAGCUGCAGCAGGCAUUGGGGUUGAUGACCUGCGCAGGCUGUGCAUCCUGCGGAUGAGCUUCGUGAAGGGCUGGGGGCCCGACUACCCACGGCAAAGCAUUAAAGAGACACCCUGCUGGAUUGAAAUUCAUUUACAUCGAGCUCUACAGCUACUGGAUGAAGUUCUGCACACCAUGCCCAUAGCUGACCCUCAGCCUCUUGACUGAGUUGAAAGAAAUGAACUGUACAAAAGAAGAAAACAAUCAGGCUACUUUUUUAACAGAGCCCUCCACCUAUAGGCCUGGAGUGUCAAAUGAGGACUGUAACUGCAGGGAUUCUGAGUAGGUUGUAGGAGUACCAACAAGGACAUAAAUGCUGGCAGUAUACUCCAAACACAAUGCUUUCAAGUCAAGAGCUGCGAGCAGUUCUGGUGUCAGUGACUUCCAAACAGCUGGAGCAACAUGGGAAGUACACUGGGAUAAGUUGUAGUACUCUGGAAACAUGCUGCCAAGAGGAUGAAAAAGGAAGCCAGUAUCCUGACAUUGUUUACCAAUUGGAACUUCAUAACAGCAUGAAGUUAACAAGGCUGUGUGUCUCUCAAAUCUCAAGUUGAUACAAAAAUACUCGCACACUGAUAUGAUAAAAGAUGCGAAAUGUAUUUAUCCUUGGUAUUAUACAAAAGAAAUUCAUAACCACAAGAGAGUGUAGGGUGUUAAACACAAAGUGAUUUAUACUCUGCUGUCAUCUUUUUUCAGUGUGAACCUUUCCCCUUUUAAGAUUUGAAGAUGUAUAGAGCCCCUGUAACUGACUGACAAAAAUCCUCUUUUGGACUAUUUAGUAAGAGGGCAAACUAUUUGGCCUAACACCAGUAAAGCUGAGCACAAUGUGAUGCCUUGUAUUGGAUGAGAACCUGUUAUUUACCCUGUCUGAACAUACUAAAUGUCAUUUCAGUUGGAGUAUACUGCCGAUCCAGUCCCCUUCUAUUGGCUCUCCGGUGCUUAUGUGGCUUCAUGUAAGUGGAGUUUUUCACCUCACAAAUCAGGAUAUUUAUGUAAAAUCAUGUUAUUCAUUAUGUUUUUGAAAGAUGUAAUCUUAAUUAUUUUUCAAUGCUGACAGUCCUUAUUUG